CACCCACCACCAUGCUUAAACAUACCAACCUUGUUCUCAAGAUUCUGAUGGCCCUGAUAUUGGGCUGCGACUUUGGGCAGAACAGAAUCUCUUCCACCAGCAACUUUGCUGCCUCGACGACGUAUCUUGGACACCAUGCAACGAUCGCUUCGUUGACGGAACGAUUGAAACUGGACGGCAGUCUUCGUAUCGACAACGUCCACCAUGCAGCCAAAGAUUUCGGUAACAGAUACAGUAUCCUCCCUGCAGCUGUUCUAUACCCCAAAUCGGUUUCUGAUAUCUCCUCUCUUAUAAACUAUGUAUUCCAAAUGGGUCCCACGUCCGGGCUGACGGUUGCAGCCCGUGGACAUGGUCACUCGCUCGAAGGCCAAGCACAAGCCCAUCAAGGGGUGGUCGUAAACAUGGAAUCACUUGGGAAAUCUCAAGAAAUGCGGUUUCAUAUCAAAGGGGAGACUCGGCCUUUUGUGGAUGUUUCAGCUGGUGCGCUUUGGAUAGAUAUUUUGCAUGAGGGACUCAAAUACGGGAUGGCCCCGAAGUCGUGGACGGAUUAUCUUCAUCUAACAGUUGGUGGUACGUUAUCUAAUGCCGGAAUCAGCGGACAAGCUUUCCGACAUGGACCUCAGAUCAAUAAUGUCUACCAGCUAGAAGUUGUUACAGGGACAGGACAAGUAGUUACCUGUACAGAAGAAAUGAAUUCUGACCUCUUCUAUGGUGUUCUUGGAGGAUUAGGACAGUUUGGCAUCAUCACCCGAGCCCAGAUUUCACUUGAGCCAGCACCCAAAAUGGUCAAAUGGAUCAGAGUUCUUUACAUGGAUUUUGCUGCAUUUACAGAAGAUCAGGAGCAACUAAUAUCGUCUAAUAAUUCAUUCGAUUAUGUAGAAGGGUUUGUGUUGAUAAACAGAACCGGCCUCCUUAAUAACUGGAGAUCAUCUUUUAAUUGCAAAGAUCCAGUCCAGGCCAGUCGGUUUUUUUCUGAAGGGAAGACUGUCUUUUGCCUGGAAAUAGCCAAGUACUUUAAGGAAGAAGAUACUGAGAUCACUGACCAGAAAAUUGAAGGCUUAUUGUCGAAACUGAAUUACAAUGAAUCCACCCUCUUCAUAUCAGAAGUGUCAUAUGUCGAGUUCUUGGAUAGAGUUCAUGUGUCAGAAUUGAAACUGCAGGAGAAGGGGCUAUGGGAUGUUCCUCAUCCAUGGUUAAAUCUUCUUGUUCCCAAAAGCAAAAUCCACAUCUUUGCCAAUGAAGUCUUUGGGAACAUUCUCACUGAUACUAGCAAUGGGCCGAUACUCAUCUACCCAGUUGACAAAUCUAGGUGGAACACUAAAACAUCAAUGGUGACCCCAAAGGAGGAUGUUUUCUACCUGGUGGCAUUCCUAUCUUCAGCAAUGCCAUCUUCAACAGGAAAAGAUAGCUUAGAAUACAUUCUAAGCCAAAACAAAAGGAUUCUAGAUGUAUGUGAAACAGCUAAACUCGAUACCAAGCAGUAUCUGCCCCAUUACAGCACUCAGGAAGAGUGGAAAACACAUUUUGGCAGUCAAUGGGAAGUUUUUGUAAGAAGGAAAUUCACCUAUGACCCUCUAGCAAUAUUAACUCCUGGCCAGAGAAUCUUCCAAAAAGCAACCAGUUUUUUAUGACAACGACCACUUGUAUGAAUGCAACCACAAGUAUCCACGAUUCUAGCUCAAGUUAGACAUGCAUAAAAAGCUAUAAACUGAUUAAACUGUACAUAGCGAUUAGAAGUCUUUUUGUAAUUUGUAACAAUGGGAAGGCAUAUAACAUGGUAACUUUCCAUCAUGUUAGUUUUGAUAGUUGCAACAGAGAAUGAAAAUUUUACAUCAUUGGUAGAACAAUAAAAAUGAGAAGAUAUCAUAUAAAUAGUCCUCGUGUUCAUUAAC